CCCAAUAGCCAUAGCCCAUGUUUCAUGUGUGUAUCCCCAGACCCAAAGAGAGAGAGAACUCAGAUAGAAAAAGUAGGCGCUUAAGAUGGCAGCUUUGAAGAUGGCGGCAUGCACAGCAAUGCUGGUGUGCGUGAUGCUGGUGGUUGCUGCUCAUGUCGACGCAACGUUAACAUGCGGUGAGAUAACAAACUUGCUGAGUCCAUGCAUCGGGUAUGCCAUUUUCGGAGGCACAGUGCCAACAAUUUGUUGUGAUGGCAUCAAAGCACUCAAUGCCGCUUCCAACGGCACAGCAGAUGACAGAGCCGCAUGCAGUUGCAUCAUGAAAGGUCUUUCGGGUAUCCCAGGAAUCAACUACGACUUGGUCGGGACACUUCCUGAGACCUGUGGCACUACUUGUCCCUACAAAAUUACACCCACUACUGACUGUUCCAAGGUGGACUAAGCUGCCUAUUGAAUUAUAUAUUAGUGCAUUUUCUAAUAAAAUAAGGAUGGAAAUAAAGACCAAGGAAGCUAGUGUGAGCGUCCAUGUGUUUUGAGCACAUUGAUCAUGUGUUGUAUACACUAUAUAAAAGAAAUAUAAUGUCAUAUUGUAUAAGGAUUGCAGAGUACGGUUCAAUCUAUUGAACUUUUUAUAUGCAAGCACUAACCUGAUCUUGUACUGCUCCUUGAUAAGAUAGUUUUUGCAG